AACCAAACUCAACUUGCAAAAGGCAUUAAUUUAAUGGAGCUCCCUCAAACAUUCCAGGACGCAGUCUUCGUUACAAGACGUCUUGGCUAUAGAUUCCUUUACAUCGAUUCCAUUUGUAUUAUGCAAGAUAGUGCUACCGAUUGGGAGAGGGAAGCGUCGAAUAUGAACCAGGUCUAUCAAAAUUACAUCUUCAACAUAGCGGCCUCCGAGUCUGAUACACCAAGUCAUGGACUUUUCCGGCAGAAGGACAGGUCCAUCGGGACGCCUUUCCGAGUAAAAUUUCGCACUAGCCUUGUCGAAGACGACUACUAUUGCUUCUACGACCUAUGGGACGGUUUUGCGAAAGAAGCACCACUGAACGCGCGGGGAUGGGUCUUCCAAGAACGCAUGCUCAGCCCUCGAACAAUCUACUUCGCUACGCUUAUAUCUGGGAACGUAGAAAAGUAG